GGGGCCGCGGGCAGGGGGGCGGGGCGGCAGAGCUCGGCGGCGGGGCCUGGAGGACAGCGGCGGCGGCGGCGACGAGUGGCAGCGGGAGUGGCGCCGAGAGGCCGUGCGGGACGCGGGCACCGGGAAGGGGAAAGCGCGGAGGUUGACUUUUCACCACACUGAAACCAUUAGGAAAAAAUCCUUGUGGUUAACGCAGAGGCUUCAGAGUGUAACCUGUACUGGGGCCUAGAAAUUAUUUUAAAUGGCGACUGAUAUGUCUCAAGGUGAACUCGUCCAUCCUAAGGCACUCCCACUUAUAGUAGGAGCUCAGCUGAUCCACGCGGACAAGUUAGGUGAGAAGGUGGAAGACAGCGCCAUGCCGAUUCGACGAACUGUGAAUUCUACCCGGGAAACUCCUCCCAAAAGCAAGCCUGCUGAAGGGGAAGAAGCAAAGCCAGAACCAGACGUAAGUUCAGAGGAAUCUGUCUCCACUGUAGAAGAACAAGAGAAUGAAACUCCACCUGCUACAUCUAGUGAGACAGAACAGCCAAAGGGGGAACCUGAGAAUGCAGAGAAGGAAGAAAACAAGCCCUCUGAGGAAACCAAAAAGGAAGAGAAAGAUCAGUCUAAAGAAAAGGAGAAGAAAGUGAAAAAAACAAUACCUUCUUGGGCUACCCUUUCUGCCAGCCAGCUCGCGAGGGCCCAGAAACAAACACCUCUGGCCUCCUCCCCACGUCCCAAGAUGGAUGCGAUCCUCACUGAGGCCAUUAAGGCAUGCUUCCAGAAGAGUGGUGCAUCAGUUGUUGCUAUUCGAAAAUAUAUCAUCCAUAAGUACCCUUCUCUGGAGCUGGAGAGAAGAGGCUACCUCCUCAAACAAGCACUGAAAAGAGAAUUAAAUAGAGGUGUCAUCAAACAGGUAAAAGGGAAAGGUGCUUCUGGGAGUUUUGUAGUGGUCCAGAAAUCGAGAAAAACCUCUCAAAAAUCCAGAAACAGAAAGAACAGGAACUCUGCAGUGGAUCCAGAACCACAAGUAAAAUUGGAGGAUAUCCUCCCCCUGGCCUUUACUCGCCUUUGUGAACCUAAAGAAGCUUCCUACAGUCUCAUCAGAAAAUAUGUGUCUCAGUAUUAUCCUAAACUUAGAGUGGAUAUCAGGCCUCAGCUGUUGAAGAAUGCUCUGCAGAGAGCAGUAGAAAGAGGCCAGUUAGAACAAAUAACUGGUAAAGGUGCUUCUGGAACAUUCCAGCUGAAGAAAUCAGGGGAGAAACCCCUGCUAGGUGGAAGCAUGAUGGAAUACGCAAUCUUAUCUGCUAUUGCUGCCAUGAAUGAGCCGAAGACCUGCUCCACCACUGCUCUGAAGAAGUAUGUCCUGGAGAACCACCCAGGGACCAAUUCUAACUAUCAAAUGCAUUUGCUGAAGAAAACCCUGCAGAAAUGCGAAAAGAAUGGGUGGAUGGAACAAAUCUCUGGUAAAGGAUUCAGCGGCACCUUCCAACUCUGUUUUCCCUAUUAUCCCAGCCCAGGAGUUCUAUUUCCACAGAAAGAGUCAGAUGAGUCUCAAGAUGAGGAUGAGGAUGAGGAUGAGGAGGAAGACUCAUCAGAAGAAGACUCUGAGGAUGAAGAGCCUCCUCCACCUAAGAGGUUGCAGAAGAAAACCCCAGCCAAGGCCUCAGGAAAGGCUGCAGCCAUGAAGCAGAGAGGGGCUAAGCCUGUGCCCAAAGUCCCUGCUGCCCAGCGAGGGAAAGCCAGGCCCCUGCCCAAGAAAGCCCCUCCUAAGGCCAAGACUCCUGCCAAGAAAGCCAGACCCUCACCCUCAGUCAUCAAGAAACCCAGCGGGGGCUCUGCAAAGAAGCCUGCUGCUAGUGCGCGAAAGGAAGUGAAAUUGCCUGCCAAGGGCAAAUCCACCAUGAAGAAAUCUUUCAAAGCAAAAAAGUAAAUUUUAUAGGCAAAAAGGGUAUUGUGAUGAAAUUUAAAAUCUUAUUUUCUAAGGUCAGUGUGCAUUUAUUUUAGUUUUGAUGCUUAAAUUACAUUUGUUCCCUCUCUGAAUUUGCGAGGAGGGAAUACAAAUAAACCGGUUUAGGUAUUUGUUCGCUUUAGGCGCUGCCCUGGGUGCCUGCUCUUUCCUUCAGUCAUUUUAAUUUCUGCGAUAAUUCUGGACUUUCCUGAACUGUAUAAUCUAUACUUGUUCUUAUUUCCCCUACACCCAACCUUUUUUUUUUUUUUUUAAUGGUCAGUCUUGGCUUUUCUUACCCCUCCUAGUUUUAUCUAAACAGUUGCAACGAUUUUUAUAUCUGUAGAAGGCAUGGAGAAGAGAAUGCUGGUCAAGUCCUGGAAGUAGAGGGAGGCAGAGCAGCACUGACUGGACUGUAAAGCCCCUGCCUGGAGACUCCAGUUACAGCUAUAAUAGUUCAUCUUAUUUAUAAACCACUCCACUAGCCCUUUCUCUCUGACUGUAAACACAGAUGUCUUAGCUUUGGGAAUAAGCCAAAAACGUGAUCUCAUAGAUUCUGAAGAUGCAGGACUCCUUUGGGCCACUCACUUUGAUGAUUUGCAGGUGUCUCACUGGCCCAGGGUAUUGCAUUCCCUUAACAGCAAGCACAAGGUCUCUCCACCACUUGGUUUUGGACUGAAGGGGAAUAUUAGAAUAUAAUUUGUGAUUUCUGGUGUUGUGUUAAAAAAAAAUCAAAACAUAAAAUCAGAUGUUGAAAUAUAUUUUUUAAUAUUUGGAGCAUGAAUUCUGACUUCUUAUUUGCCUUUUUAUAAGGAAAUGUUGGAGAGUUACAUUGUUGCUAACGUAGAAAUGUUAAGUGGGAAAACACAAUUUGCGAAAAUAAAUUAGAUUCCAGAUUCAUCUAUGAGUUCUUUUCCCCUCCUUUCCACAGCACUUUCGAUAUCAAGCAAGUGGCUUCCUUUUUGAGAUGUUGUGUUUGUUUUGUUUUUUAAAGAAAUUAAAUGAAGCCAAACUACCUAACCUCCUAUUUGUGUUUGUUUUAGUAUUGUGAAGUUGUGUUCAAUAGUAUUGGCUUUCUACUUGAAAAACAUUGAUUUCGGUUAUCAUUUAUCUUCCCUGUGGCACUUGACAUUUUUAUUGUCUUAAACUUUUCGGUGUACAUCUUCUGGCCCCGAGUGUUGCCAGAAGCCAAGAAGUUUGUUUUAUCCAUUCCACUGGCAUUGUCUCCUGGGAUCCUGUCUGCAGCCUGAAGUGUGGCUGGGAAAUGGACUUGAGAAAGUUGAGUUGAAUUAAAUUCAUAAUUAUGUGUGAUCCCAUCAUGAGUUCAUUGGAAUUUGUGUUGCAUGUAAGGCAAUCUUUCCUGUUGUAAAUCUUCCUUUUUUAUGUACAUAUAUUUUGAAAAAUAUGAAUAAACAUGAAAUUUUAAAAGCU